AUGACCACCCCGUAUCCCUUCAAUCCCUCCUCUUCCCAAUCCACUCCCGAAUCCAACCAAAAUGUCAAAGGACACACCCCCUCCCCUCAAACAUCACGCCUCCGCGCCAUGAUGCGCGAAGCCCAUCGCGACCCGUCCAAAAUCCUCGCCUUCCCCUGCAGCUACGACGGGCUUUCCUCGCGACUCAUCGAGGAGGCCGGAUUCCCCAUGCUCUUCCUGUCUGGCUUCGCCGUCGCCAGCUCCUUCGGCCUCCCCGACACGGGAUACAUCGCCAUGGCGGAGAUGUGCGCUCGCAUCCAGGAGAUCGUGCGCGUCACGUCCAUUCCGCUCAUGGCUGACGGCGACACGGGCUACGGCAGUCCUAUGAAUGUUAGACGUACGGUGGAGUCCUUCGCUGCGGCGGGCGCGGCGGGCGUUAUGAUUGAGGAUCAGACUUGGCCUAAGCGAUGCGGUCACACAAAAGGGAAAUCCGUCGUCUCGCGAGGCGAGGCCUACGCGCGCAUCCAGGCUGCAUGUGACGCGCGCAACGAAGGCCGGGAUAUCUUCAUCCUGGCGCGCACUGACGCCUUGAUCCACGGGUGGGACGAGGCGAUGGCGCGCGCCGCCGAGUUUAAGCGCAUUGGGGCCGAUGCCGUCUUCGUCGAGGCCCUUCCGGACAGGGACGCGAUGACGCGGUGCGUCAGGGAGUUGGACAUGCCUAUGCUGGCGAAUAUCAUCGAGGGCGGCAAGACGGAGAAUCUCCCUGCUGGGGAGCUCGCUCGGAUGGGGUUCGCUGCGGUCGCGUAUCCGUGGACGCUGGUCGCUGCGCGGUUGAAGAGUAUUCGGGAUGCCUUGGAGGGGUUGAAGCGGAGUAUGGUGGAUGGGACGCCGCCACCGCAGAUCCUGGGGUAUUCGGAGAUGUGCGAAGGGGUCGGAUUUGACCGAUAUUGGGACCAAGAGACCCGGUACGAAUAUACGGAGGAGGGCUUGGUUCACCCGCCUCAGACUAGUGAAGGAACUUGA